CUUCUUGUAGGUAGGUAGUAUUUUCUUUUUCCACAUGUGUUUUAAAUAAUUAAAAAUAAUAUAUUACUUUAUAAGUAUCACAAUCAAAAGAAUUAUCGCAUUCGGAUUAAUGAUUUAUUGCUGCAUUUGAAAAUGGACGAAAUGGAAAAAGAAAAUGAACGAAAGCGGACUAAGGAUCGCAGUCCAUCACCAGAAGUAAAGUCUACAGCUGUGGUUAAGUACACAGCAUACCACAGCCCUGUUGGAUAUGCUCGAUUGCAAUGUAACACAGAUCUGAAUUUGCCCCCAUCCAAUUGGGGAACUGCUAUUGAUUCUUAUGGUCUUAAACAGAUACUGACUGAAAGCACUGGAUUAUCUAGUUUUCGUAUGGCGCACAUGUUCCCGGACUCUGUCGGAGAGGUGGAUGUUAUAUCAGGCGCUGAGUGUAUAAAAAAGCUACUCAAAUUGCCAUAUCAUCCUAAUGGAACUGUCAGCAUGAUGGUUCACCGUGUAGAGAAUACCUUAUUAUUGGAUGACUUUGAUGUGUAUGACUAUCUGAGCAAGACAGAAUGGUCCUGGCUGAAGGAUUUUUUCUAUGAGAAUAUAUUGAAGACAAUGUCAGAACAGGAGCGAAUGAAGCUGUCGUUGGCGCCAGGUCCGAGUUCGGCACUACAACUGACUCACAAGUUCCUCUCGCAUAGCGUCACUGAACCCGUUCCGUCUACAUCCUCCACGCCAGCCGCUCUGCCCGCCCCUGUCUGCAUUGCUGGACCAUUUUUACCUGAACCAGAAACCAAACCUGAAGAGCCACCAAAUGAGCAUCUUUACAACAGAAAUGUACUUUGGACCUUUGAAGACAUCCACAUGCUCAUUGGUAGUGAUCUCCCAAUCUUCGGGGACAAGGAUAGACCUUGUGUUAGUCUACGUCUCAGAGAUGCAAGGGAACCAAUAAAUGUUCUUACUGGUAUAGACUAUUGGCUCGACAACUUGAUGUGUAAUGUUCCAGAGGUCCUGAUGUGUUACCACCUCGAUGGUAUAGUACAGAAAUACGAGCCCAUGAAAACUGAGGAUUUGCCUACAAUGGAAAAUUCUAAAUUCUCACCAAAAGUUAUUAGAAAUGUUGCACAGAAUAUACUUUCAUUUUUGAAAGCGAAUGUGACAAAAGCUGGUCACACGUAUUGGUUAUUUAAAGGUUCUCGUGAUGAUAUAGUGAAACUAUAUGAUCUGUCAUCUUUGUGUCCAGAUAGUUUGGAUAACCCUUUUACCACCCCAGUGGCAAUGUUGCUGUACAGGGUAGCAAGAAAUAUGAGGUUAAUGAAUAAGACCAGACAUGUGAAACAGUUGUUGGAACAUGUGAUUGAGUUGCUGAAGAUGGAGAGGCAUCCGCAGAUAGUAGCAUCAUCAUACUACAUGCUAUCUGAUUUGUAUGUGCCGGCAACCACUAAUCCAGCUUGUCCAAACUUCAAAGAUGAGAGUUCGGAAUCUGAUUGCGGAGAAUCAGAUUAUAAAUGCGAAUUUGCUGAAGAAGUAUCGGGUGAGCGUGACGAAACUACAUCAGAUCAAAGUACAUCAGAGUUUGCAUAUAAAACAGAUAGUAUUGCAAGUGAUACAUUGUCUACAAGUGAGAGAAAUAAUACAAGUAAAAGACUUUCAGAUAGUGAAAAAGGAGAGAACAAAACAAAUGAGAAAGACGAUGAGAGUGAAGGAGACAAUCAUAGCCUGGCAGUUCAGAUUCGUGGCCUAGCUCUAAGAGAUAUUGGUGAUCGAGUCAGAAAUGAUGCAGGUAUGAAUUGGCGAGGAAGGUCGCGAGGUCCUGGAGGCUCUAGAGCGAGGGCUGGGGAGGGCUCCGGCGUAGGUGCAGGAGCGCGGUCCGGAGUGACUUCAGGAACUGGUACAAGUACUGAGUCGGCUGCAGGGGAUGAUGAAGUGCCCUCCCGCUGUGGACACGCACUCGCUCACGCUCUCCAAGGAUUGAUCGCAUUACAUAAUGUCACAAUACAAAACUCUAAGGAAGAAGAACGUGAAAGACUAAGACAGCAAAUAAUAGUUGAAGAACAGCACCCAAAAAUGGCGAAUCCCUACGAGCCAAUUAAAAUGGAAUAUCAGCCCAUUAAUAAAGAAAAGGCAACCAAAGAGCACACAUCCAGGAGCCGGCGGCGAAGACGUGAAAAGAAGACCACAGACAAGUCUGGAAAUUAUCUCAUAGAGACGAAAUCUAAAAUAGAUAUAAACGCCAUAUUGAUUCGCAAAGAUAAGAAUACCUAUCAUCCAACUUGGCAAGAACCGAGUAGAGAUGAUAAUUUUGCUUGGAAACUGCAUUUGAAGACACUGUUAUAUGAAAAAAUAUGUUUGGUCUAUGCGACGCUGGCGGAAUACAGUUAUUCUAAUAAGCAAUAUGGUUUCUCUUUAAAGUACAUAGACAUGGCAAGUAAAUGCCAGAAGUUAUUGAGUAAUAUGAUUAUAAAAAGUAGGGUAGUUGAUCCCGGAUGUCUCAUAGGGCGGGUUGGAGAUAACUUUUUUCAAUUAAGUAAAAAUUGGCCCAGCUUUGAACAGUUUAAGAAGCAGUUUGAGACAGAUCAUGACAUAGACAGCAAGUUGAGAUUGGAGAUAGAGAAUGACAUGACAGAAGAGGUAGAGGGUGAUGCGGGUGACGAAUUCGAUCUUGAUAUAUCGCUACCUAACAACGAGAUGGACUCAAUGCUGCGGUCAGGUGCAUACUACAGGCGCGCUGCCAACGCCGCCUGCGACAAGCGUGGCGAGCUGCAGCGACGGCUCGCCUCCGUCAACAACGAGCUCGCUGUACGCUACAUGAACGACGCGCAGCAGAUCUACAUGCAAUACACAGAGGAGGAAGACCAGAACUCGAAUAAGGUGAAGCUCCUAAAGAGGCAGUUUGCAACGCUGUCCCGGUUUUCUUGCGAAAGUCUGGAGGAGGCGACCGCUAUAUUCCAAGAAGUGAAUGAUGUGCCUAACCUCGCUCUCCUCUACUGCAACAAGGGGCGAUAUAUGAGAUUCAAAGCGCUUUGUAGUCAAGGGAGUUUUGGAUCGGAAAAACGCAGUCUGUACAACAAAGCCGAGGAAUUGUAUAAUGACGCCCUGAAGUUGCUGGGCCCUCGCGAGACGUGCGGUGCUAUUUCUGUGUGGGACCUGGUAGCCUGGGAGCUCUCUUGCCACCUCUAUACCAAGGCGGUGCUGAUGCAAGACUCCAAUAUCAGCCCACCUCCCUCCCCAUCAGAGGUUGCGGACGCUUUGAAACAGGCACUGAAGCACUGCCUUCUAGGAGGCGGACCUCGUCAACACCUCUACCAGUUCCGAGCGGGGCUGCUACACCAUCGCCUCGCAUCGCUACACCACGCACAAUACAGGAUAACCACAGAAGACGGUCCCAAACGACGCACGCUACUGAACGCGACGCGCAACAACUACGAGCUCGCGGCGAACUUGUUUGCGAUCUUGGAGGACGCAUGCAUGUUCCUCACCGUGCAGAUGGAACAUGUUGCCGCACUCGAGACGCAAGCCGCUUUAUCACCAAACGUAAAACUGAAGUCCCUUCAGACUGCAAUCCAACUACUACGUCAAUGCCACUCCAUCAUGAAGUUGAUCAAAGUCCGUGGCCCAGAUCAGAAGGAGGCACCGAAACCCGAAGAUGCAGAUGAUACAAGCAUUAAAAGUGAACUUGGCCUGCUGUCACUCUACGAAGGAAGGUUACAUUUUAUAUUGAAAAGUAUUAUACAAUAUUGUAGGUCGAAGUCAAAUAAAGAUUAUGAGAAAAUGUCGGACAUGUAUAAAAAAUUAUAUUGUGCUAGUCUUAAAAUAAAGAAAGAUAAUGAUGUCCAACGGUACGCAGCUAGUAUCUGUGAUGUGUUGACUGCUAUGGAUGUUAUAAGUAAGGAAUUCGAAUAAGUAUAGUUUAGUGACUGAUCAUGCUCUUGCCAUUGGUCUAUAAGUUUCAAUGUUGUACUGACAAUACCGCUCAAUUCAUACUGCAAUACAUCGCAUGAUUUUUUCAAGAUUGUUCAUUCGACGCCUUACUUAGUAAAUAGUAGGGCAUACCAUCCUUUUUAAAUAUGAUAAAUUUUGUAACAGUCAAGACUACAUUAAAAAAAGUAUAGUAGUAAUUUAUGGGUGUGAUACUAAACAAUGUUUUUUUUUUUUACUUUUUUUGUUUGUGGGUUAGAAUUUCACGAAAAAAAAUGACUGGACUAAUGUGAUUUUCACAGAAUAUUGUUAACUAAAUAUGGGUCAACAGAUCGACGACGUUAGAAAGGCAAAAUGUAUUAAGCCCACUAGCUGAUAUUAUACAAUUGUAUGUAAAUGUGGCUUCGUUCUCAUAAAUCAAUAUCUAAAAUUAUAUAUUGAUUCACGCAUUAGGACAUUACAACUUUUUUUGUAUCUUUAAAACCAAAAAGCACAUAAAAUCUUUUGCUGUUUCAAUUAAAAUUUAUUAUUUGAAACAGAAAAAAAAUUUUGUCUCAUUAUAUCUCAUACAGACGUGAAAGUUUGCUCAUCUGUAAACUUUACUUAUGCACUUCGUUUUAUGCAUUUUGUGUUGUCAGCGUCAAUAUAAGCUAUAAAGAAAAAGUUUAAAAAGUUGCUUUCCAAGGAGGCUAAUUUUAUUAUAUUACCCCAUAAAGGUGUUUAAAAAUGCUGUACAACGCAAAUGAAGUUGCGGGCACAGCUAUUUUGUUUUAAGAAACUUUCAUACAUUUGUAAUACUGUGUACAUAUAUACAAGUAAAAUCUUCGUGACUUAUUGACUGUUAAUCAAUAAUGGUUUGUAUAUACUAUUAAGUAAACCUUUUUGUUCUGUGAUUUAGAUGUAUCAAACAGAUGUGGUGUCUAUCUAUGCCUUUAUGAUGAUUGUGAUUUAAAACGCAGUGAAAAUUUGAGCUUUCGGUCCUAAGAAUGUUUAUAUAAGUUUCUUUUAUCGUUGAAUAAGUAGGUAUAUGCUUAUUGACUCUUAAAUAAUGACGUGACAAUCGAGUAAUGAUGUCUAGAUGAGGAUGAAUUAUUAACCUUGUAAGGCCCAAGCUAUUAUAUGUCAAAAUAAAUUGAACGCCAAAUAUACAACAUAUUUCUUCUCACGCAUUGUUAGCCCACCAAAUUUAGACUUUUUUUUUGGUAAACUCCUCAGCGUUCAGGAGGCGUUUUAAGUUUGGGUCAGAAUGUCGAGUGUUACUUAGUGUAAUAUAAUGUAGGAACAUUGGGCCUUAUAAUUUCAGGCCAAAGUAAAAUGCUUCAAUAAGUUGUCGCAAAUUAGUACUUACUAUGUAUCUAUACAUACUCUUUACUGAUCCCUCCAAAAGGUUAUAGUAGUAAAUUUUACAAAAUGACAAAAGAAAAAUGUUAGAAAAAUGUUAAUGAAAUAAUUAUUUUGAUUUCUAUGAAACAUGAAACGGUAAAUAAGCUGAUAUCCAACCUGGGAAAUGACAGCCCUGUGAAUAUUACAGAAUAUGUGUGAUGACUAAGAUAUUAAUUUUAGUAUCCUACAAUUUAACUACCAUAUCUUCAACUUUUAAACCGAAACCAGCCAUGCUAAAACAGCUGCUUACAAAUGUAGCUUUUAUUUGCUCAAUACAGUUUUUAGUCCUUUUUGAUCCUAUUUGAUAUAAUAGCUAGUUUAUUAGUACUAAAUGGAGGAGAUCUGCCACUCAAUAGUGCCUAAUUUGUAAAGAUCUACAAAUGUAAGACUGAAGUGAUACUAAUGUAAGAUAUUUGAAAAUAUAUCUUUAUUAGAAA